AUGGCGCUCCCCAGCCCCGCCGAGCAGCUCCGCGCCGCCGCCUCGUGCCCGGUGUGCCUGGAGCUGUUCCGCGACCCCGUCUCGCUGCGCUGCGGCCACAACUUCUGCCGGGGCUGCGUGGAGCGCUGCGGGCCGGGCCCCGGGGCGACGGCGGGGCCGCUCUGCUGCCCGCAGUGCCGGGACGCGGCGCCGGGCGGCGGGAGCGGCGGCCUGAGGCCGAGCCGGGAGCUCGGGCACAUCGCGGGCAUCGCCCGGGAGCUGCUCCCGGCGCUGCUCCCGGCGCCGCCGCCGCCAGCGGGGACACCGGGGACACCGGGGGACGGCUCCGUGUGCGGGCGGCACCGGGAGCCGCUGCGGCUCUUCUGCCGCGAGGAGCGGGCGCUGCUGUGCGCCGAGUGCGCGCGGGAGCGCCGGGAGCGGCACCACCGGGUGGUGCCCAUCGAGGAGGCGGCGCGGGAAUACCGGGAGCAGAUCCAGAGCUGCCUCCAGGCUUUGAAGGAGGAGAGAGAAAAAUUCCUGGAAAGCCGAAAAUCCGGAGCUUGGAGGAGCCUGCACCUGGACAGGAUGCGGGACGAGGGGCAGCGCCUGGCGCGGGAGUUCCGGGAGCUGCGGCGCUCCCUGGAGGAGCAGCAGCGCCUCCUGCUGGCGCAGCUCGGGGAGCUGGAGGCGGCCAUGGCCCGGGGCUGGGAGCAGGCGGCGGGAAAGGUCUCGGAGGAGCUGUCCCAGCUGGACACGCUCAUCUGGGAGAUGGAGGGGAAAUUCCAGCAGCCCCCGAGCCGAUUCCUGCAGGACAUCCAACAGCUCCUGCACAGCUGUGAGACGAUGAGGUUCCAGCCCCCGGCUGAGAUCUCCCCCGAGCUGGAGAGGAGCCUGGAGGAUUUCGCCCAGAGGAACGUCCUGGUGAGGGGCACCUUGAGGAGAUGCCAAGACAGCCUCAUGUUCCUGCUGCAGGAGCCGGCCUCGCUCACCCUGGACCCCGACACCGCCCACCCUCACCUGCACCUGUCGGCCGACGCGCGGGAGGCGCGGGGGCAGCUCCGGCCCCGCGACGCCCCCGACCACCCCGAGCGCUUCGACUUCGAGCCCUGCGUGCUGGCCCGGGGCGGCUUCACCUCGGGCCGGCAUUUCUGGGAGGUGGAGGUGGGCCAGGGCGGGGUGUGGGCGCUGGGGGUGAUGCGGGAGUCCUCCCGCAGGAGGGGCCCCCUCAGCCUGACCCCCAAGGAGGGCGUUUGGGCGCUGGAGGCCUUCCACUCGCUGACGUCGCCCCGCGCCAGGCUGCGCCUGCGCCCGCCGCCGCGCCGGCUCCGCGUGGCGCUGGACUACGAGGGGCGCCGCGUGGCGUUCUUCAGCGCCGGCGACGACGUGCCCAUCCUCGAGUACACCCGCGCCGCCUUCCGCGGAGAGCGGCUCCGGCCCUGGUUCAAGAUGGGCCUGGGCGCGCGGCUGCUCGAGGUGACGCGCGGCGAGCGCUGCCAGGACCGCGCCGUGGCCGGCAGGGUCGUGUGCCCCCUGGACUGGGUGGGAUUCGGGUUCUCCAUGCGGAUCUGCCUGCAAGAUCUGAAAAAUGAGCUGGAGAAGAGGCAGGCGAAAAAAACCCCGGAGAUUUCCCACCAGGAAACCCCAGAACAGGGUCAGGAGGAGAAGAACCAGCAGCAGGAUGUGAAGAGCUCCAUCAGCAGGUGUGGGAAAGUGACUUUCCAGCUGCCCCUGGACGCGGCUCCGGGGCUGGAAGAGCGAGUUUGUCACUUCUCGUGGAGGAGCAGCGCCCUGAAGGAAACCCUGAGGAAGCUCCAAGCCAGCGUGACCCUGGACCCCGACACGGCGCACCCCGAGCUGGUGCUCUCCGAGGACGGCAAGAGCGUUUGGCGCGGAUCCUCGCCCCGCCUGCUCCUGGACCGCCCUGAGCGCUUCGACCACUGGCCCUUCGUGCUGGGCCGCCAGGGCUUCGCGUCCGGGCGCCACUGCUGGCACGUGGACGUGGGCGACGGCGGCGACUGGGCCGUGGGCGUGGCGCGGGACUCGGUGCCCAGGAAGGGGCGGCUGAGCCUGGGCCCGCAGGGCGGGAUCUGGGCCCUGGAGAAGUGGGGCGCGCAGCUGCGGGCGCUGACGGCGCGCAAGGCGACCCCGGUGGCGCCGCGGUGGCUGCCGCGCCGGGUCAGCGUGCACCUGGACUGCCACGGCGGCUCCGUGGCCUUCCUGGACGCCGAGGACGGGGCGCUGCUCUUCGUCUUCUCCCGGGCGGCCUUCGGCGGGGAGAGGCUCCGGCCCUGGCUCUGGGUGGUGGGGGCCCGGUCGCGGCUGCGCGUGUGGCCCUGA